CUUCUCCUCUGCUUUUGUCUCUGCCUCCUGGAUGCUUCCUUUGCAGCGGGACAGGCUGGCAGGCAGCCUGCGAUGGGGCCCUGCUCAGAAGACCCCCCCCUCUGCUGGGCCUCCUGGAUCCUGGGCUUCAGCAGCCUCCUCCUCAGUGUCUGCAGCACUGGGGUCAAGAGUUCUGGAGCACAUGGUGCUGGAGUUCAGGAUUCUGGAGUCCACGUUCCUUUGAAGGAGAUCCAAGGAGGGUCUGUGUUGUUUCAUGUGAUCAAGGAACCAGGAACCAAGCUGGAGGAGAUCUCGUGGGGCUUUGGCCCUGACGUAAAUUACACAGUCAUCCUGCGAGUCCAUAAUGGGUCAGAAGGGACUCCAACCUGGGUCUGCUUUGAGGACAAGUACAAGCAUAGGGUCCACGUGCCCAAUAUGACAUCCCUGAGGAUUGAGAACUUGACGCGUGGUGACAGUGGGCAGUACCAGGCUCGAGCCAUCUUAACUGGGGGAAUGGAAUCUAACCAGAUUUUCUACCUCACUGUCUAUGAACCUGUGCCCCUUCCCCGGAUCCUGGUCCAGUCACUGUCCAUCACACCACGCUGGUGCAGCAUCAUCUUAGAGUGCAGGGCUGCUGGGGUCACAGAGGACCUGAAUGUGACCUGGGAAAGCAAAGGCCUCCCCAGGGAGCUGGAGCAGAAAGGGACACCAGGACCAGCCCCCAAUUCCUGGACCCUGGCUGUUAAUCUGCCUCUGCACCAGCCCAGUGCCAGCCUCACCUGUGUGGUCAGCAACUCUGAGGACCAGAAAACUGUCACCUCAGCCCUUGGGGAGGUCUGUGCCCAUGAUUCACAUGGACAAGCCAUUGCUGGCCCCCUGCGAGCCAUCCUAGGGACCAUCGUGGCCGUGCUGUUGAUCCUUGGGGCUGGACUGUGCCUUUGGAAGACACUGAGGAGAAGAUGACGGAGAUUUAAAGAGG